UGCGGCGCUUCUCGGUCGCUGGUGGUAGCAGAGCGUGCAAAACAUAGUGAAGGAUCACGAUCUUCGAAGGCAACAUCAGGCGACUGUAGAUUCAUUCAACAUGACCUGAUGAAAAUAGCUGGGCCGUAACUGUGAAUGUUUUGCAUUGCGGCUUCUAAACAACGUGCAACUGAACGCUAGGCGUACAAAGUUGUAUCUGUGUACGUGUGUACAUGCGCGUGUUUGAUGGUGACGACAAUGUCGUCGAGUUUCUAAUGAGUGGUUAGCGAAACUAUGCGAAGAGGAUAAAAAUAAUAAUAAUAAUAAUAAUAAUAGAUACUGGUCAAGCAAGCUACAACAAACGUGACGUGCAAAUAACAAGCAAAAGCGUGUACGGGAUUUAUCUCUGUGGUACAGUUAAACGGAUUUAUUUAAUCCGAAGUGGACAUGCCAACAUGCCGAAAAGGAUUCCACCGUUCCUUGGAAAAAAUAUGAUUCACGCUAGCAGCAAUAAUAGAAUUGUACUCGUGAUAAGCUUGUCGCUUGUACUCUAUGCGCUUGUGGUAACCUGUGAAGUUCGAGUUAUCAAACCAGUCGAAAAAGAUGACUCGGACACCGAAUUUGAUGAAGACGACGGUGCUGACCGCGAUGACGGAGCAGAUAGGUCUUCGCUGUUAUUACAUGAGUUGAACGAAGGGCCAAUUAUCGAACGUGAGCCUGUUGACAAGGAGAUUUCUCGUGGCGAAUACACAAAUCGUACAAACAAUGCAUUUACUUGCGCUGCGCGAAACGCCCUCUCUAUUCAGGUACGGUGUUCACCGAAAAACCUUUCGGAACCCCAGCCUUUAUCUACAGUCACACCAACAACCGUUACUGAAACAACUGGACAAGGCGUUCACACUACGGGUGAAAACGCUUCUGGUCAGAAACAAUCAGAAGCGAAUAACUCUGGGGGUUCCUUGGUUGUUCCAUCUUCAGCGUUGGUUGAUCUCGUCGACCCAAUGACAGGGGUGAGGCACAUUGAGAUACAGGCCAUUAUAGAUGACAGGAUCUUUGGGAAGUUUCCAAACGCUGAAGAUGGACGUCCUAUGAGAACCCUGUUCUGUACGUGUUAUGCAUGGAGUUCGAAAGGACAAGUGAUUUCCAGAGUUGCAACAGUGAAGUUGACUGAAGGUGUCCCGAUGGAGAAAAAAAAUUCAAAGGGCCCCAAAGUGAGUAUGCCGGGAACCCGAGUAGUAUCUUUGGGAGAAAAAGUGCUGCUUGAAUGUUCACUGAAACGGCCCCACUCGUCCAAGUAUAGGGGUGCACAGAAUAAUGACGAAGAUUAUCGCAUCUUCUGGUUGAGAAACAAUGCGGAAGUUAUGCUAGAUGAUAACGUGGAAAUCAAUUCCGAAGAUGGCAGUCUUUUGAUCCUACGAGCAGAUGUAUCCAACGAAGGUAGUUAUGCUUGUGGUAUUAGGGCAAGCGGAGGUAGCAAGGACCACUCUGCCGUACGAUUAGGCGAUGCAAUUGCUAUUAACGUACGCGCUGACGGUUCGUGGUCUUCUUGGGGGGCAUGGAGUGAAUGUUCUUCACGCUGUGGACGAGGCCAUCGAAUGAGGAGUCGGUCAUGUACCAACCCACCGCCUCGAUUUGGCGGGAGGGACUGUCCUGGAGACUACGUUGUCCGUAGUGAGUGUAAUUCUCGAAGAGAUUGCCCCGGUAGCCAUUCGAGAGAGAAAGAUAAGGAUGAGACUGCGCCAUUAUCAGGGACGUGGAGUCCUUGGAGCGUCUGGUCGGAGUGUGGAAUAGACUGUCGGAAGCAUCGACAGAGAUGGUGCACCAGCAGUACUGUUUCUUCGCAAGCCCAUCACACUCAUCGUCUGCAGGGAAGUAGGGAAGAUGUUGGCCAUUCCCAACGUUAUGCUGCUACGUCCUGUACAGGAAGGGAUCAUGUAUCCGUUAAUUGUACCGGCGGGAUGUGUCGUCCCAACGUUCAAAACAUCCAUCAGCAGUUGGGACCCGAAGGCGGUUACAAUGGAUUAUCAAAUAACUACCUACAAGAGCAGGGUUCAAUUUCAUCUCAAGAGCAAGGAUUUUUGUUAUCACAUGUCGGUAGUCUCGAAGCCAUAGCGAUGGUUAUAGGGAUGGCGCUAGCAGCAAUCAUUUUGGCGUUCACGUUCCUCAUCGCUCUCCGAUUCUGGCCGAGAGACGGUUGCCAGGGAGACAAACGGCAGCUUCCUUCAGCGUCGCAUCACACAGAUUCCUUCAACACACAGGUUUCUGUAAACGGUAUCGCCACGCUGCCUCCUGACAUUACUGAAAGUAUAAACCGUGACCCGAGAUUGAAGGAUUUUGCGACCGAAGGAAAAGUAGAAGCAGCUGUAACAAUACCUCUCCUUCAGAAGCUAUACACUCAACCGACUUUAUGUUCAGUAUCAAUGACGCCGUCGCAGACUCGAUCCCAUCUCAAUAUGAAUCGCUCUCGAACGCCGAGUUCCACAGACAAGACUCAUCGAACAGACUCCGAAACCCAGAGCUAUUCAGACUACGGAGCCCCAGGGUCGGCAUCAGAGUAUGACCUCAUUUAUGACACAAUACCUGAUGAGCUUAAGAGUUCUGUAACCAGCAAGUCCAGUGUCGUGGUGUGCGUCCCAAAUCAUCAAAUUGCGUGGAUUACUGUUGGCCCAGAAGGGGGCCGUGUAGGAUUGGACCUUCUGGGCGUUUGGCUGACUAUACCGCCCGGAGCCAUUCGGCAUGGCCGGAGAGAGAUGUACAUAGCGGUUCUUGGAGACGGUGAACGUGAACGACUCGUAAACUUGCGAGACGAACAAAGUGUGCUUAGUCCAGUCGUGCAAUGCGGACCCGUCGGAGUGCCCCUUGCAAGGCCAGUGAUUCUCUCUUUUGAUCAUUGUGCACACCCCCCGUCUGAAAAGUGGAACAUUCACCUACUUAGUGCGCCUACGAACAGUGAACAGCAUCCGCAUUGGAAGGAAGAGCUCUCUCUAGUUUCUUCCGGGGAGAAUGUGAUAUCCAAGAGAGCUUAUAUGCAGAUGGAUAACCGACUGUGUCAUUUACAGACCGACAAACUCUGCCGGUUCGUUGUGGCUGGGGAGUCGCGCAACAAGUGCUUCGCGGCAAAAUCUCUCGUGCUCGUAGCGUUCCUGUCGAAGAUCUCAAGCCUAUCACAAAAAGACUACUCGGUCAGGGUCUACUGUGUUGAGGACACUAAGGCGGCCCUCCAGAACGUCUACAACGACGAAAAUGGUCGCAGCAUACCAUUAGAUGAGCCGAAAAGCAUGGUUCUCCAUGAUGGCGGAGCUAAUCUUUGCCUGACGUUGGAGGAAAAUUCAUUACCCGGCGACUGGGAAUUCAAGCCUGGCGCUAAUCAACAGGAAAUACCAUUUAGUCAUGUGUGGACUUCGCGUCUUCCUCUGCUGCAUUGUUCGUUUGUGCUAACGUCGAUUUCACCCAACGACUCGGCGAAGCUCCUUGGUCGAAUUACGGUUUUCCAGCGAGGUAAUCAAUCGCACCGGCAGGUUCUAACUUUGAAUUCCGCAGCUAUAUAUCGUAACACAGCCGAAAUUCCUACGCCUAUGCCUGCUCAUAUCAGCAAUACCUUGAUAAGCCGCACUUGCGGAAAUACAGUCGUUCCUGCUGAAGGCUUUCGCCUCAGCCCGGAGGUUCGGCAGAGGAUCUGUGCUCUAUUAGAUCCCUCACAUCCCGAGGGCAACGAUUGGCGGCGGUUGGCUCAGCAUCUCGCGCUAGACGGGAAUCUUAGUUACUUCACGUUGAAGGUCAGUCCAACUGCCUGUCUACUGGAUCUAUGGGAGGCACGGCACCGUGAAGCUGGGGCUCCAACGGGGCUUCUAGCAGUCCUUAAAAACAUUGGAAGACCUGAUGUUGCAGGGACAUUGGAGAAACUAUUUGGUGCUUGGGUAUAAAUUUCAGUUCUUCCCGAGAUAGCUUUUUAAAUAUGCGCCUGAUGACUUCUAGUAAUAAGGGAAAAUUAUCAAGACAUAGUAGAAUGAGAAAUGCUUGAACAGGUGAAUGCCAUUGUUUUUAUUUAACUUUCUAUUUUAUCCCGAAAAAAAAAAAAA